AGGGGAUAUGACGGCUUUAUACAGGACAGUGAGCAGCAGCCAGUGGCUCGUGAGACACCACAACUCUCAGCAUGCCUUAGUAGCCACGUUGUGCUGUGCUAGCCCAGUGUCUUUGCUGCCUGCUUUAUGUUUGGAGCCACCUGCAAGAUGUUUAAUGAUGAGGAUGACCCGUGUGCCUAUGAAGACGAACUGUACCGUGAAGAGUCUUCCAGUGACGAGAGCAUUGACAGUGAGGUGGAGGCUUACCUUUAUAGCCAGGUGCACUAUUCCCAAAAUGUCAGUGAGGAGAACAUUGAUGAACUAGAUGAUCAGAGGAAAGAGGAUGUUGCUGCAGUGGAGAUGCACAACUUGAAGACCGACUUUUGUAAAAGGACGUCUGUGAUAGUGAUCUCUGACAGUGAUGACAUAAGGGCUUCAGACUCUUCUGCAGUGGUCAUUCUUUCUGAUUGUUUAGAAGAAGACAGCGUAUAUAGUUCCAAAAUUAAGAGUAAAUUCUUGUCACCGAUACAACGACCAGAGAAUCAGUCAACUCCUAAAGCAUUACCUGGAGGGAAAAAGUUUUCCAAACUGCAAGGGGCAAAGUCUCCACGCUCUGGAAAAAGUUACAAAGAUGGGAUUGUGCAGGAAGUUGUUGUGAUUAGAGGAAGUUCAGAAGAGGAAAAUUUGGAGAUCAAUGAAGAAGUGUUUCUAACAUCUGAUAGUGACCAAAGUGAUGUGGAAAAUUGGAUGUUGUUGGGAAGUACAAGAGAAGAUGGGGACACUAGCAUUCAGCUGAAUCUUAAAGGCAAUAGAUGUGGUUCCAGUGAAGAUAAUGAUGAAGUGGACUGGUCGAUUACUGAGAGGGAUUCAGAGGCCCAGAUCUCAAACUAUACUCCAUCACGGCGUUCCCGCCUCCGGUACUAUUCAGAGGAUAAAAAUGUCAUAUGCAGGAAUUGCAACUAUCGUGGUCAUCUGUCAAAAAAUUGUCCUCAGCCUAAGAAACUGCCAGCUUGUUGUCUUUGUGGUGGACGGGGGCAUUUGCAAUACACUUGCUCAUCCCCAUACUGUUCAAACUGCUUUAUGCCCGGUCACAUCCACCAAGACUGCACUGAGAGACCUUACUGGCUGAAGAAAUGUCAUCGCUGUUGUAUGGUUGGCCAUUAUGCAGAUGCUUGCCCAGAAAUAUGGAGGCAAUACCACCUAACUGUGAUGCCAGGACCAAUGAAGAAAUCUAAUUCUGCUUCUAGCCCCAAAAGAAUUGUCUACUGUUGCAAUUGUGGCAAAAAAGGUCAUUGUGGUUAUGAGUGCAAUCAAAGGAGAAUGUAUAGCACAGUGUACCCAAAUUGUGAGCUUGUGUUCACCUAUGAUCAGAGUCAUGACAUCUGGAGAAGGAGUCAGAGGGCAAAACGGAAGUUCAAAGAGCUCCAAGACGCUGGACUAGUGACAUUGGAAGGUGAAGACACAUACUUGCAAGAUCCAACAGUAGAUAAUAUCCCACUCCCAAAAAAGCAGAGGAAAAAAAAUAAGAAAGAGAGAAAGCAAAAAAAAGCAGAAAACAGUGUUGCCAUUAGUUCCCAAAGGCAGUUCAAAAAACAAAAAAAGAAAAAGUUUAUUUAUGAAGAAGAAGAAUACUUUCCUAGGGGAAAAUUAGAAAAGCCCCAAAAAUAUAGAAGAGCUCACGAAAGAAAAAACCCACAACAUUUGCUGUUUAAAGAUUUUAACCAGAAUGAGGAAUUGGGUAUUCAACUAAAUAAAGACAAAAAGAAACGCAAGAAACGAAAAGGUUCUGCUGUAGAUGAGAGUUUAUUUAUUAUUAAACAGAGGAAAAAGAAAUCUAAAACUGUUAAAUAAUAUGAACAUCAGAAUUACUGAUCUGUAAUUCAGACACUAUGGGAUAUGCAUUUAACUUGUGCCAUACAAGAUUCCCUCCAUUCCUUUCUGCGAUAUUAAACUUUUGGAGAAGUAAUUUUUUUUUUUUUACUCUGGAAUAACCAGCAAGACUUUUGAACAACUUAUCUAGUUUAAAAAAAAUGUGGAUUUUUUUUCUAACAUCUAAAAUUAAAACUUUGCUCUGUUUUCUUUUCAUUUAUUUUCCUUCUUCCAGUUCCCACAGCUUAUAGCUAAUGUUUAUGCAGGGCCGGAAAAAUCAGCUAUGACCCUAACUCUAAUGAAUACAUUUUUAAAAUUUGGUCUAGACAUAUCUUACUCUUGUAGAAUGUAAGCCCUUGCGGGCAGGGCCUUCUUCCCCUCUAAGUCAGUCUGCAGUUUAUGUACUUUAACACCUUUCAAAUGUAAAGUGCCCUGGAACCAAGGGCACUUUAUAAAUAAAUUUAUAAAUAUAUAAAUGUAUUUUUUAUUAUUAUUAUUCAUAAUAAUAAUAAAAUAAUAAAGGAGAGUCAUGGAACUCCUCAUGAUCUGUUCAUUUAGCUCUCCUUAAUCUAUUUGCUGCUGUUGACAUGGCGACAGUCACUGUCAAGGGAAAACAAAUGACUAGACUAGGCGGCUACCCCAGCUCUCUUACUUGUCACUCCAUGCUGUCCUGACAGCUAUGCUUUGAUUCACUCAAGAAGUCAAUAGGAGCCUGUGCUGCCCAUGACUCACUAUACUGUGCAAGAGUGUGUGUUCAAUGUGCACACUUAUUGGAAAACAGGAUUCAUUAACUCCUAUCAAACUGAAUUUGUGAAAAAAAAAUGUAACCACUUAAGGACCCAGGGUGUACCUGUACGCCCUGAGUCCACUCUCUUUCUAUAAUGCAGGGCCACGGCAUCAUAGCGGGUUGAGCCCGGCCUAUAACAACAGACGUGACCCAUGGCUAAUAGCACUAAUCUCGGUGCUGCGCGCUAUUAAACCUUUAGACACACCAUUCAAAGUUGAUCGCCGCAUCUAAAGUAAAAGGUAAAUUACUCCCAGCUAGCUCAGUGGGCUGUUCGGGACCGCUGUGGCGAAAUCGC